CUCGACAGUUCGCACCUGUAGAAUUAUCCUCCAUUGCUUAAUAUGGUAGAGACAUCCAUCUAUUUGUCUUUGGAGUCACACAAGACAAUCGGCCAGAACCCCAUACUAAGGUAGAUCUAGUCUCCACAAUGAUACUUCAAUAUUUCCCCAGCCAAAGGUAUCUCGACUUUAGUGAUUACAUCAACGCCUCAAUUACUCGAUCGUGAUUAACCGCGACCAAAAACAAUCAGUAAAUAUGGCGCGCCUCUCAGGACUUCAAAAAGAGGUCCUCGCACUCUACAGAAACUGUCUAAGAGAGAGUCGGAAGAAGCCACAGGCGAGUCGUUCACAUUUUGAGAGCUUUGCCAGACAUGAGUUCUCUAGGAACUUGGCCAUCGAUAAGCGCGACUUUGCCGCCAUUGAAUUCCUCUUACGGAAAGGACGUCGCCAACUUGAGGUCUACGGCUCACCAGGCAUCAAAGACAUAAAAUAGGCGGCAUCCAGCGGCUCCUGCCUCUCAGACCCUAACAUUCAAUUGGAUGUCUUCGACUAAAAUGAUAUGGCAAGAGAU